AUGAAUGCUUUAAUAUUAAAUUUUUUGUUUAUAUGUUUUUAUAUUAUAUAUGUCCUACUCAUUCAUUCAUCGUUAAUGAUAAAGACUCCUAAUAUGUUUCUUUUCGAGAUGGUUGAAACGUGUUAUGCCCCAUUUUCUCCAAAUUUUCAAUAUAUUGAAGGAAAUGUAGAACAUAAAAAUGACUGUUCAAAAUUUUUAAAAAACAAUAUUAAUAAUAAUAAAAAAAAAAAGAAAAAAAAAAAAAAAAAGAUAAAGUUCAAUUCUAAUAAAUUUACUUGUGAAGAAGAAUUAAUAAAUGCGGAUAAUCACGUAAAUAGAAAAGUUGUAAAAUAUGUAGAAAAAAAAGAUAAAAAAGAAAAUGUUAAUAAAACAUACAAUGGAUAUAAUAAUAUAAUUGCUAAAAUUUGGGAAAAUAUGAAUGAAAUUAAUAGCUUUAGUAAGAAUAAAAAUGAUUAUAAUAAAAAUGGUAAUAACAACAAAUGUUAUAUUAAUUUUUAUGAUUACAGUGAUUUAAAAUAUUGCAAUAAUUUUAAUUUUUUUAUUAAUGAAGCAAAAAAUAAGGGAGAUGUAAAUAUAGAUAGAGAUAGUAAAUGUAAAAAUAAUAAUUUUUAUAGUCAUAACCAAAUAAUAAAUGGAUAUUUAUCGAAUGGAAAAAAUAAAUUGAAUGAAAUGAAAAAACACAAUUUUAUUAGUAAAGGGAAUACCUUUUUUUUAAUUUAUGAAGUGUAUACACAUAAAAUAUAUAGGUACCUCAAAAGUAUUUUAGAUAAAAAUAUUUCAAAGAGAAGUGCUAAUGCGUAUAAUGAGUAUGAAACAUAUUUAUUGGAAUGUAAAAAAAUUUCACACAAAUCAAGGAAAAAGGAAUCACAUAAUGAUUUAAGUAAUAACAUUAAUAAUAGCAAUAAAAAGAAAAAUGAAUUAUAUUAUUCAAAAAACAAGAAAAGAAAAAAAAAAAAAAAAGAGGAAGGAAUAAUAGAUAAUUGCAAAAGUGAAAGAAAUGAAGAAUUAAUAAAAAAUAAAACAAGAAACUCGAUUAUCUAUGAACGGAAAUAUAUGUAUUGCAUAAACAAAAGUGUUAAGAAUAAUUUAAAUUUUAUAAAUAUUUAUAAAAAAUGUAAAAAGUAUAAAAUAUUCUCUUAUGAAUUCAUUAAUUGCCCCUUAGAAAAAGAUGAGAAUAAUUAUUCAUAUUCAGAAAGUAAAUUUAUAUUUUCAUUAUUUAUAAAAAAUUACUAUAGAAAAAAAAAUAAGAUUCUUACUGAUGAAAGAAAAAAGGAAGAAAAUUUUUAUAAAAAAGCUGAUAUUUUUGUAAGUAAUAAAUCUAUUUGGAUAUUUCGUUAUUGUAAAAAAGAAAUAUCACUAAUUAUUUUUUUUACUGUCAAAGAACAAGUUCUUGCAUUAAUUUUUACUGAUUACAAUUCACAUUUUAAAAAUAAUAAUUCUUAUUAUUUUAUUAAUGACAAAAAAGUAUAUAAAAGUGAUGAAUAUGAUAAAAAGGAUAAAGAUAUGGAAAAAUAUAUGUAUAAUUUACAAAAUUCUUAUAUAUGUGAGAAAAGCCAGGAAAUUUGUUAUUACAAUAAUACUGAUUGCUAUAUAGAUAAACUUAAUAAUCCUUUUUUUCAAUCUUGUAAAAAUGAAAAUGAAAAAAUGUAUAAAAAAAAUAAAUACUUUUCAAAUUUGAAUAAAAUAAAAAAUUGUAAUCUUAAUAGCCAGUUAAAAAAUAAGCAUGAGAAGGAAAUAUUAUGUUCUUUAAAUAAAGGAAAUAAAGGAAAUAAAGAAAAGAAAAACUGUACAAUUUCUAAAAAAAAAAAAAAAAGAAAAAAAAAUGAAGAGAAUUACAAAUAUAGUUAUAAAAUAGAUUUUAACGCUUCUAAAAAUAUAAAAAGAAAAAGUAUAUGGAAUAAUUUUCAAGGUAAUAUAUAUAUCAAUUAUGUGAAAGGUUUUUAUUAUUUUUACUUUUAUAUAUUCGAUAGAAUAAAUAUACAUAAAAAUUUAUUAUAUCAUAAGUAUAUAAAUGAAGAACAAAAUAACAACUGCACAUUAAUUGAUGGGCACAUCAGUGUGAAUAAUCAAAUAUGCUUGAAAAAUAGUUGUAAUUGUGAUAAAUACAAUAGCUAUUAUAAUAAUAAUUUUAGCAGUAAUAAUAAUAGUAUUAAUAAUAAUAAUUAUAAUAAUUAUAAUUUUAACACUAAUAAUGAUAAUAAUAAUAAUAAUAAUAAUAAUAAUAAUAAUAAUAAUAAUAAUAAUAAUAAUAAUAAUAAUAAUAAUAAUAAUAAUAAUUAUUAUUAUUAUUAUUAUUAUUAUUAUAAUUAUAUUAAUUACAGUGAUGACAAUUAUAGAUAUGAAAUAAAUAAAAAUUUAAAAUUUUUUGAUGAUAUAUAUUUAGAUAGAGAAUUACUAUUUCCAGUUCUUUCAUCUCCUAAUAGAAGUAUAAUAAGAAAUAUGAAAAAAUAUUUAAAGGAUGGAAUAAAAUUUUCAAUAUAUAUUGAUCAAAUGGCUCCAGAAAUAUAUAAUUGUAAUAAAUAUAAAAAAAUUAAAUGGGCUUUAAUAAUAUUUUUUAUACCUGCAUGGCUAAUAAUAAAUAUUGUUUAUAUUAUUUUAGUUCAAAAGAUGUGGAGACAGAUGCUGAAUCCCUUACAUAGAUUGCUGAUAUCACCAUCCCUAAUUCGAUUAUCUUUUUAUAUACUAUUAUUAACAUUUUGUAUGCAAUGCCCUUAUGUUAAUAGUAAUUGUGUUGAGUAUACUUUAAUGGGAUAUAUGGCAUUAAAUACUAUGUUUAGUACUAUUUUUUAUGGGAACUUACUUCUAAUUAGUAAAGGUUAUAUGAUUACUAGAGCAAACUUUGAAAAAAAGGAGAGUAUAACUAUGACUUUAAUUAUUAGCUCUAUUUAUAUAUUAUCUUCAAUCAAUCAAGUAGAUAUAACUAGCAAUACUCCAAUUUUAAUAUGUUUAUAUAUUGCUUUAUUAUUUAUAUUAGUUGUUAAUAUUUUAUCUAUUAUUAAGUUUUUAAAACUAAAAUUAUCGUUUGUAAGGGAUGCUAGAAUUCAUGCUUGGGAAGAAUCAAUUAGUAUUAAACUAAAUAUGUAUAAAGCAUAUUUAACUGUUAUUGUUAUUUUUUUUUGUUUUGAAAUAAUUUUGCAUAUAUUGAAUAUGUUAUUUAAAUCUCUAUCAGGUAAUUUAACUUUAAUUGAAUAUACUCUUGAAUUAGUUAUAUGGUGUUGCGUAUUAUACAUUUUUAGAUAUAGAGGAGAUGUCUUAUAUUUUUCAUUGCUUUAUGAUAAUAGCACUUUGCAUAUAUUACCAUUAUAUAUAGCUAACACUGGCAUUGUUAAUUUCACUGAAGAAAAAAAUAGAAUAUCAUUAGAUAGUAAUAAACCUAUUUUGAUUUUAAAUCCUUUUGAAUAUGAAGGGAAACAUUUUUUAUCAUGUAUCACAAUUGGAAUACCAUUUAAUAUGGAAUACAAAAAAAUUGAUUUGCAUAAUAAAUAUAAAACAGUACCAUUAUAUAAUUUUAAUAGUAUGGACUUUAAUUAUGAUAUGAAUAAUACUUUUAUAUAUCAGAAUUCAAGAGAAAAUAAUGAUAUAUAA